GGGAGCGUGAUCAUCGAGAUCGACGAGUCCUUUCCGGACUUCAAGCGUCUCCUGGGCGAACACAGGUGGUCAGAGUUCCUGGUUGACCCCAGGGACGAAGGCCGGUACGUGUCGAAGGUGUUCUACUGCACGUACAGCACCGAUCGAGACGUACAGAAGAAUGGGUGGAAACGCGUAGACGUUGAAGACAAGUGGUUCAGGAGCAGAGCGUAA